AUGAAUAAUAAUAGUAAAGACACAUUAGCAUCAUUAGAAGGAUUAACAUUUGACCCGAAACAAGUGACAGUAGUUUUUGUAUUAGGCGGGCCAGGAUCAGGCAAAGGCACACAAUGUAGUUUGCUUGUUAAAGACUAUGGCUUUGUACAUUUAUCAGCAGGAGAUUUACUACGACAGGAACAGGCACGACCAGGUUCGGAAUAUGCCAAUAUAAUUCAACAGUCAAUAGAAGAAGGGCAGAUAGUACCCAUGCAUGUAACAAUUGGAUUGCUUAAACAUGAAAUGAGUCGAUCAAUAAUAGAGGGGAAAAUGAAAUUUUUGAUUGAUGGAUUUCCGAGAAAAAUAGAUCAAUGUUUGGCAUUUGAAAAAAAUAUCUGUCCAUGUCGAUUUACACUCGAUUUUUAUUGUUCUGAACAAGUGUUAAUGAAACGCUUAUUAGCACGAGGACGGCGAGAUGAUAAUAUUAAUACAAUUAAAAAGCGAUUUGAGACACAUCAGAAGCUGACAGUACCGGUUCUUGAAUAUAUGGAUAAGCAAAAGAAGUUGGUUCGGAUUCCAUGUGAAAAUAACAUCGAAAGUAGUAGCUAUAUAUCGAAAUGUUUUAAAAAAAAUUGGCCCAUUUCUGAGAUCGAUGCCAUAAAGAUGUAUUAG